AUGGAAAGACUUUUCAAAAGAUACUCAAAAUACAAGAUAUUAAGAAUAGAGAGUGAUUAAGAUGAAGGAUUGCAAGAAAAAGUUUUAGAAAGAAUAAAAUAUAGAAAUUAGAUGAUAUUUCUAUGGGUUACAUGUUAAAAUAUACAAAUAAUCAUUGAAGUUUUUUGGGUUAUAAAUGGUCAAAUUGCAGACUUCUAUUGUCUAUUAGACGGAAAUAAGAUAAAUGACAUAAAGGAUGUACAUAAUUUUAGUAGAGAACUCAUAAUGCUUACUAACCUGAAAAAAUUCAGUCUGUCACUGAUAAAUAUGAAUAAUAAAAUUGAUGAUUUUGAAGAUUUAUUUGAAAAUAUAUCUUUGCUAAGUAAACUAGAGGAUUUAUAAUUAGAUUUCAGAGGAAAUAAAAUAUCUUAAAAAUCUCAUUAAAAUAUUUGUAAGUUAUUUUAAAAAUUAAAUAACUUAAAACAUCUAGAUCUCCUAUUAUCUUAUUCAGGAGUAAAUAAUAAUAAUUUGUAAUCAUUAGGAUCUUCUUUUUCUUAAAUGAAUCAUCUUGAAAGCAUCUAAAUAGAUAUUAGUAGAAACAUAUUUAAUUCUUUAGGACUCUAAAAUUUUUUUAUAAGCUUUACUUAAAAUAAAUUUUAAAAUUUAUAAGAAAUCGAAAUUUUAUGUGAUAAUAAUUAAUUAAAUGAACUAAAUAGCAUUAAAUACUUCUCUAAUGUUAUUAAUACAUUUAAAUCGCUUAGCAGAAUUAAAUUAAGUUUAUCUGAAUGCAAUAUAUAAGACUAAGAGCUUGCUGAUUUUGUUAGUUUAAUUUAGGCUAAUUAGAAUAUUAGAUUUUUUGAUUUAGAUUUGAGUUUCAACAAUUUGAGUAACUAAAGAUUUUAUCAAAUUCACUAAAUUUUGUCCUAACUCCUAAAUCUCUAAAAGCUCAACCUCAAGUUAAGUUUAAAACAAGGAUAAAAAGAUACUUAGGUAGAUCUUUUAAAAUUUUGCAGGAUUCUUUUAGAAGUAGGAUAUUUGACACAAAUAAAUAUAGAUUUAGAGCAAAUACAAGAAUUUUUAUUUAACCCUAGAGGAUACUUAACAACAAUAAGCAUUAAAGCUAGUAGCAUCUAUGUAGAAGAUAAUAAUUUAGAAAAAAAAGAAACAACAGAGUAGCUAAAUAAUACACUUAAAUUAAAUCCAAAAAGCGGUUAAAGCAUAUUAAGCAAUGAUAAACUGGAGGUUUUAAAUUAAGAUUUAAAUUAGAAGAAAGAGGAAGAUGAAGAAAAUUAAGAAAAAAAUGUUCCAUCAAAAUAAUUCAGCAAAUUAAAUACAGAUCAAGAAAUAUUAAACACAUCUGAGAAUGUCUAGCAAAUUGAUGAAAGUGAUGAAUUCGAUUCAAAAAAAAGACAAUAUACUGAAGAGUUUUUUAAAUAUGUCAAAGUUGAAAAAUAUAGCAACGAGAUAUAAAUUAAAGAAUUUAUUCUAAACAUUAUUAAAAGAAAUUUGUUAUCGAUUGAUAGACUAAUUGUCUACUUUAAACUAAGGCAAUAAAAUAAAUACUAAAUUGAAGAUGCUUAAAAUUAUGGUGUUGAUUAUACAUUAUAUCAAUUAAGUACUAAUACUUAAGAUGAAAACUUAGAUGCUUAAACUUAAAAGCAUUAGCAUUCUGUUUAUCUUUUAAAAAUUGGUGGAGCAUUAAACAUGUGGCUAGGUUAUGCAAGAAUAGCUCAUAAUGUUAACAAGGUUAUGAUAAUAGCUCAGAUUAGUUAUAAUAAUAAAUAAGAAAAUUAUUUAUGUAGUUUUGAUUAGAUUAUAAAAGAUUGGUUUCAACAAAAAAAUAUUAAAAUGGAACGUGAAAACUAAAGCUAAAAUAUUAAACCGAAAGAAGAAGAGUUCGAAAUUUAAAUAAAUAAAUUAGUAGAGCUAUUUAAUCUAGACUUAAUUUCAUUUGGAGUUAGUAAAGACAACUGA